AUGUCCGCAUCAAUCAACCAAAGCACUAAUUCAGGUGUGGAAAAAAAGAGCUUUUUUUGCCAAUUCCGAGCACAAUAUAUUAAUGAUGUUUCAGCCAUGUCACAAACUGGUGCUGCUUUGCCAAGUUAUGUUGAUGAUCAGUUUCUUGAGCUCCAUUACUUUGCUUGCUUCUCAGCUACAUCCAGGAGAAGGUAA